AUGCGCAGCCUCGCUCUGGCAGCAGCCGCACUGCUAGCUCUCUCGCUCGCUUCACCCCCCACGGUCGCACAACAACAAGCAGCCUUCAAGCUACCAAACGAGCAGCAGGCGAUAACAUUCGCAUCCACGUCUUCCAUCCACCCGACCAACUUUAGCGGUGAAAAGGUGGUCCGAUUCACCACUACAUGCCAAACACAGCAUCGAGAGCUGCUCGAACAAGCGCAUCGACUGGAUCUCGAUGUGUGGGGUGCCAAGCUAGGCAAUGCUUGUGCGGUUGAGAACGCAGAGUUUGGAUGUGUAGAUAUUCGAAUGGCGAGUAGGACGCACGAUGAAGAUCCAUUCCGAAUCACCACAUCCGUGGAAAGCAUCAUGGAGAGCUUGAUGCAGCCUUUCCCAGAGCGGCUCAAGAGUACAACGCUGAUUGAGGACCUGGGGCAGCUCGUGGCCCAGCAGCAAGAUCUUGCUCUAACGCCGAGUAAAGAUCAAGAGUGGUUCGAGGGAUACCAUACGUUGGAAGAGAUCGAGGCAUACAUGAACAUGCUGCAGCAGAGCUACCCGGCUCACGUCAAGGUGACCGAGAUUGGAAAGACGCAUGAAGGGAGAUCGAUUCUGGCGCUCAAAAUUGGAGAUGGGUUGGACAGCGAACCUCCAUCACCACCUGAAGAACCGCAACCAGAACCACAACCACAACCACAACCACAACCACAACCGCAACCGCAACCGCAACCCGAUCCACCGAUCAACAUGACUUGGACCGAGGAAAAACUCGGAGUCAUGAUUACGGGCGGACAACACGCUCGAGAAUGGAUCUCAACAUCGACAUCUCUGUUCUUCGCGGCGGACCUUUUGCAUGCGGCACUCGGUAAUCGCACGCAACCCAACGCCACAUUUUCAGCCGAGUGGGACGCGUUCAGAAGAAAGUCUCGCAAGGGACGCAACAAGACUCGUCAAACGUGGACGCGAUCUUCGGCGCUGUCCGUCCUGCGCACGUUCACGAUUAGCGUGAUUCCAGUGACGAAUCCGGAUGGAUACGUGUACUCGUGGACGCACAACCGCAUGUGGCGCAAGAACCGGCAACCGAACAAGUUUCCCUCGGGGCUGUUCUGCAAAGGCGUCGAUUUGAAUCGCAACUGGGCGUAUGGCUUUGCGACGGAUGCGGUGCGGACGCUAGCUGGGCCAUGUUCCGAGAUGUAUGCCGGUACAACGGCGUUUUCGGCGCUGGAAACCAGCGCGCUCGCGACGUACAUGUCGGAUGCGGCCAACAACGUGCGCGCGUAUUUCGACCUGCACUCAUACGGCCAACUGCUUAUGUACCCAUUUUCGCACUCGUGCAAUGAGCCGGUUGGCGACGAGGAGGAUCUGCUGGAACUCUCGCUCGGCGCAGUCUCGGCGCUGAAACGCGUUCAUGGACGUCAGUUCAACGCCGGCAAGGUCUGCGCAGUCUAUGCGCAAGGCGGUGGAAACAGCAUCGAUUGGUCGUACGCCUCCACGCAAGGCGCAAGCGGCGACGACAAGAAACCUAUCAAGUGGAGCUUCAGCAUCGAACUGAGGGAUGGCGGGACGUACGGUUUCCUCUUACCGCCCAAACAGAUCGUUCCUGCAGCAGACGAGUUGAGCGCAGCCCUCAGCUACAUGUUUGAUUUCAUCGCUAAAAAGGAGUCGCAUUCCCAAUCGUAG